UAAUUGGAGAAGAAAGACAUGGGAACAAAAAAAACCCUAUUAAGCAAAGGGUGUGUGGCAAGCUUUUUACACAGAGACCACGGCCUGUUUUCAGAAGCCAAGCUGCAUAAAAACAGUUUUAAAAGAGACAGACACUUGUAGGAGAGUCCUUCUUAGCUAUUCUCCUGGACAAAAAGAAACCGGUGAAUCAAAGGUGCUUCUCAGUUCCUCACUCUUAUUUUCCUGACCUUACUACUGUACAAUAUUUACCCUCUCUUUCAAUGAACAGGACAAAAUGACUAAAAAAGAGAUCAGUGUGUUACGACAAACUCAGGCCCUUCUGUACAAGAAUUUUCUGAAAAAAUGGAGAACGAAAAGAGAGAGCUUAUUGGAAUGGACAAUAGCAUUGCUUCUGGGGCUAUUUUUGUGCAUCUUUUCUGGACUCUUCAGAGCGACCCAUUUCCCUGAGCAGCCUCCUCAAGUCCUGGGACGCGUGGAUAAAUUUAAUGACUCCGAUCUGGUGGUGGCAUAUACCCCAGUCACUAACAUGACACAGAGGAUAAUGGAUAAGAUGGCUUUGGCUUCUUUUAUGAAAGGAAGGACAAUCACAGGGACUCCUGAUGAAGAAACCAUGGAUACGGUACUUCUAAAAAGAGACUCUGACAUGGUGGGAGUUGUGUUUAGUGACACUUUUUCAUAUAGGCUGAAGUUUAAUAGGGAACAUAGAAUCGAAAUUAUAAAAGAACACUUUCAAUACUCAGAACACUGUUGGACUUUUCGAGAAGAAGUUUUUUGUGCCUUGACAACAUACUGGCAGAAAGGAUUUGUGGCUUUUCAAGCUGCAAUUAAUGCUGCGAUUAUAGAAAUCACAACAAAUCAUUCUGUGAUGGAGGAGCUGACAUCAGUUAUUGGAAUAAAUAUGAGGAUACCACAUUUCAUUUCUAAUGAAGAAACUGUAAAUGAAUGGGUUAUUUUUAUUAGUAUAGUUUCUUUCUCCCCUUUUAUAUACUUUGCAUCAUUAAAUGUUACAAAAGAAAGAAAAAAAUUUAAGAAACUGAUGAUGGUGAUGGGCCUCCGAGAGGCAACAUUCUGGCUCUCCUGGGGAUUGCUGUAUGCUGGCCUCAUUCUCAUUGUGUCCAUUUUUAUGGCUCUGAUCAUAACAUCUAUCCAAAUUGUAAUAAUCACUGGCUUCAUGGUGAUAUUCACACUCUUUAUCCUAUAUGGCCUCUCUUUGAUAGCAUUGACUUUCCUCCUGAGUGUGUUGAUAAAGAAAUCUGUCCUUACCGGUGUGGUGGGGUUUCUCUUCACUGUAUUUUGGGGAUGUCUGGGAUUCACUGCCUUGUACAGACAACUCCCUUCAUCAUUGGAAUGGAUUUUAGGUCUUUUUAGCCCUUUCGCCUUCACUACUGGAAUGAUCCAGAUUAUACACCUGGAAUAUUACCUGAAUGGUGUUGUUUUUCCUGAUCCUUCUGGAGAGUCAUACAUAAUGAUAGUUACUUUCUUCAUUUUGGCACUUGAUACUCUUCUCUAUUUGAUAUUAACAUUAUAUUUUGAGCGAGUUCUGCCUGAUGGAGAUGGCCAUGGGUAUUCACCAUUGUUUUUCCUAAAGUCUUCAUUUUGGUCCCAACAUCGAAAUGCUCAUCAUGAGGACUUUGAGACUGAAAUAAAUCCCGAGCAUUCUCCAGAUGACUCUUUUGAACCAGUAUCUUCAGAGUUCCAUGGGAAAGAAGCCAUAAGAAUCAGAAAUGUUAAAAAAGAAUAUAAUGGAAAGCAUGAAAAAGUAGAAGCGUUGAAAGGCAUAUUUCUUGACAUAUAUGAAGGACAAAUCACUGCAAUACUUGGACAUAGUGGAGCUGGUAAAUCAACACUGCUGAACAUUCUUAGUGGGUUGUCUGUUUCCACGGAAGGAUCAGCCACUAUUUAUAAUUCCACACUCUCUGAAAUAGCUAACAUGGAGGAAAUCAGAAAGAACAUUGGAUUUUGUCCGCAACUCAAUAUUCAAUUUGAAUUUCUUACUGUGAGAGACAACCUCAGGCUAUUUGCUAAAAUAAAAGGGAUUCAGCCAAAGGAAGUGGAAACAGAGGUAAAAAGAGUUAUAAUGGAAUUAGACAUACAAAACAUUCAAGAUGUCGUUGCUAAAAAAUUAAGCGGUGGACAGAAGAGAAUACUAACAUUCGGGAUUGCCAUUUUAGGAGAUCCUCAGGUUUUGCUACUGGAUGAACCAACUGCAGGAUUGGAUCCUUUUUCAAGGCACCAAGUUUGGAACCUCCUGAGGGAGCGUAAAAAAAACCACGUGAUCCUUUUUAGUACCCAGUUCAUGGAUGAGGCUGAUGUCUUGGCUGGUGACGGUCUUUUCAUGAGCAGUGGUGUUGGAGAAGAACUCAGAGGCUCAUACUUCUUUUGAACCAUUAGUUUACACAGGAAUGAAAUGUGUAAUCCAGAGAGAAUCACAUCCCUCAUUAGACAGCACAUCCCCGAUGCCAAGUUAACAGCAGAAACGGAAGAAAAACUUGUAUAUAGUUUGCCCUUGGAAAGAACAAACAAAUUUUCAGAUCUCUACAGUGACCUUGAUAAAUGUUCUGACCAAGGCAUAAUGAAUUAUGGUGUUUCCAUGACAACUCUGAAUGAAGUAUUUUUGAAUCUAGAAGGCAAAUCAGCAAUUCAUGGACCAGAUUUGGGCAUACAGAAACAGGAGGAAAUGGAUGAGAUAAGAGAUACUGGAAUUGAGUCCGAAAUGCAGCAGGCUCUUUGUUCUCUUCCUGGAUUGAGAAUGGUGGUCAGUAAUGGAACUCUCUGGAGACGGCAGGUCUGUGCAAUGGCAAGGCUUCGCUUCUUAAAGUUAAAGCGCGAGAGGAAUGUUCUUUUGUCCAUGUUACUGGUACUUGGAAUUGCUUGUAUUCCCACUAUUUGUCAGUAUAUAAUGUAUAUGAUAUUUCAGCAAACUCAUCAUUGGGAGCUUUCAUCCAGUAUGUAUUUCCUUUCUCUGAAACAACCCCCAGAAGCUCCUCUUAGCAGGCUGUUGAUCAUCAAUAAUACAGGAUCAAAUAUUGAAGACCUUGUACACUCAUUGAAGCGUCAGGAUAUAGCUUUGGAAAUAGAUGACUUUAGAAACAGAAAUGGUUCAGAUGAUCCUUCCUACAAUGGAGCUAUCAUAGUGUCUGGUGACCAGAAGGAUUACAGAUUUUCAGUUGCAUGUAAUACCAAGAGAAUGAAUUGUUUUCCUGUUCUUAUGGGAAUUGUUAGCAACGCUCUUCUUGGACUUUUUAACUGUACAGAACUUAUUAAAACAGAGAGAAGCACAUUUCCUUUGAGUUACAUGACACUAAGAAGUGGGUUUUUUGGUGUGCCCUUACUUCUGUUGUUCGUUGCAAACUGCAUUUCUCCUUACAUCGGAAUGAGCAGCAUCAGCGAUUACAAAGUAAGAAGAAGAAGGAGAUGGACUGGGAGAAAGAGAGGGAGAGGAAGAAGGAUAGUGAGAAUGAAGGAGGAGAGAUUCAUAAAGCAGAGAAACUUGCACUUAACCUUUGUUUUUCUUCUUCAGCUGUCCUUGUUACAUAUGAGAAACCCUGAAACUCUGAGUGAUGAAAUAAGUAGUAUACAAAAAACCAUGUUCGCAACAAUCUUAAUACCAUACCUUCAGAGUGUCAUUUUCCUUUUUGUUAUAAGAUGUCUGGAAAUCAAGUUUGGAAAAGGAACAAUGAGGAAAGAUCCAGUUUUCAGAAUCUCUCCAAGAAGUAGGGAAAAUCGUCCAAAUCCAGAAGAGCCAGAAGAAGAAGAUGAUGAUGUUCAAGUUGAAAGAGUGAAAACGGCAAAUGCACUCACUGCUUUAAACGUGGAUGAGAAACCAGUCAUAAUGGCCAGCUGUUUACACAAAAAAUAUGAAGAGAAAAAGAAAAGUUGCUUUUUAAAAAGAAGGAAGAAAAUAGCCAUUCAGAAUGUUUCCUUCUGUGUUAACAAAGGUGAAGUUUUGGGGCUGCUGGGACACAAUGGAGCUGGUAAAAGCACUUCUAUUAAAAUGAUAACCGGAGACACAAAGCCAACUGCAGGAGUGGUGGUUUUACAAGGCUGUGAAGCAUCACUGAGGCAACAGGAAGAUGGCUUCCUCAAGCUGUUGGGGUACUGUCCUCAGGAGAAUGCGCUGUGGCCCAGCCUUACAGUGAGAGAGCACCUGGAGGUGUAUGCGGCCGUGAAAGGGCUGGACAAGGAGGAUGCUGCCCUCAGUGUCAACAGGUUGGUGGAUGCGCUCAAGCUGCAGGCCGAGCAGAAGCGUCCCGUGAAGGCCUUAUCGGAGGGAAUAAAGAGAAAGCUGUGCUUCGCGCUGAGCAUCCUGGGAAACCCGUCGGUGAUGCUGCUGGACGAGCCGUCCACUGGGGUGGACCCCGAGGGGCAGCUGCAGAUGUGGCAGGCAAUUCAGACCAUUGUUAAAAACACAGGGAGAAGCGUCCUCCUGACCACCCAUUACAUGGCAGAGGCUGAGGCUGUGUGUGACCGUGUGGCCAUCAUGGUGUCCGGAAGGCUAAGGUGUAUCGGUUCCAUUCAACAUCUAAAAAGCAAGUUUGGUAAAGAUUAUUUGCUAGAAGUGAAAAUGAAGGAACCCACUCAGGCGGAGCCUCUCCACACAGAGAUUCAGAAGCUUUUUCCACGGGCUGCUCGGCAGGAGAGGUAUUCCUCCAUGAUGACAUAUAAAUUACCCAUGGCAGAUGUUCACCCUCUGUCUCAGGCCUUUUUUAAAUUAGAGGCAGUGAAACAGACCUUCGACCUGGAAGAAUACAGCCUCUCUCAGGCUACCUUGGAACAGGUGUUCUUAGAACUCUCUAAAGAGCAGGAGAUGGGAAAUUUUGGUGAUGAAGUUGAUACAACAGUUAAAGGGAGACUCCUCCCACAGGAAGAGCCUUAAAACCCUAAACCUCCUAACGUUAGAUUUUUGGUCUUAACAACAUUAUUAGUUUCCACAAUUCUAGAAGAACCUUCCAUAUUACUGCAGUUAACAAAACAAAACAUUCAGUAGUUUAAACACUCAAUAAUGAUUAAAGUUUUAAAUGUUUUUUAAAAUUUUAAAUGGAGGGGAGAGGCAAAGAUAGGGAAAGGUAGUAGACAAACUUAACAUAACCAGACAUUAUAUUAAUCACUAUAAUAUAGACCUGUUUUGUGCAUACUAUUAAUUCAAAAAUCACAUAGUAUUAGACUAGUUUUUUAUUAUCAAUAAGGCUGAAUGCUGAGCACAUUUUACAAAUAAAAGAUUGUAGGGUUUUUUUUCACCUCAACUUCAAUUUUAUCAGCUAUUUUUAAGCAUUAUUUACUGAUGUACCAAUUUAAUGUGACAUUGACUGUAAGAAGAUUUAAUAAGUUGAUGAAUGAAAUGACACAAUAUUAUGUAACAUAUAAAACUAUAUAUUCUGAUUAUAAAAUAAAUUCGUGGACAUAUUAUAUAAUUAUAUAGAUGAAGGUAAUAGUAAUCUGUAAUAAAACAUCACAGUAAAUAUUUUUGCCUCCCUAAAUUCAAUGUGCUUUUUAUGGGUACUUUUUCAAAGUUGAUAUCAGUAAGCAUAGUAACUUUUUAUAUAUCUUUGCUUCACAGUUCAUGAACAUGUCCCAUGUCAUUAUAACACUUUUGUGUUAUGUAAUGGCUGCAUUACAUUUGAUAUAUUAUCAUGGUUUUUACUGUAAUCUGACAUUUUUGUUAUAUGGAAGUUUAUCUCCUAAAUAAACUUAUGUUGAACUUCU